CUCAGUGUACAUGCUUUGAAGUAAUGGCAUUGUAGCCAAGAGGCUAUCUCCUCGCUGACGCUGCAUUCAAUCCAACUCUUCAGCGCCCACGGCUAUUGCUUCAGACGGGCCUUGCUUUCCAUGGCAUAAGCUACGAACUUAGUAAAAUUAUGAACUGCAGCAGCAAGCUUGCUGGAGUAUAACACGGGGGACGAUCGCGUGCACCCUUCUCCGGCCUAAGCCCCGUGUUGAAGGAUGGGGCGAGGACGCAAGAAGAAGGAGGAGGAGCCGGUCGUGCCCGUAAUCCUGCAAGAGGACGUUUGGGCUCAAUGCGAUGGCUGCCAGAAGUGGCGCAGGUUGCCUCCUGGCACUGUCCUUGACGAGAGCCAGCCAUGGUACUGUAAGCAAAACGCGGACCCGCGGUAUAACAGUUGUGAGGCGCCGGAGGAGGACUGGCAAAACUCGGGUGACAAGGAGUUGGAUCCGACGCUGGUCGCGGAGCUCAAGGCGCACCAGGCCGCCGAGGCGGCAAAGAAUGUGUUAAAGAAGUUGGCGGGGCACGACCAGCCUGGCCGCGGCCGCAAGCGCGCUAUCGACACCAGCCCUAGCUAUGUGCUACCGACGAAGGUGUUCAAGACAGAGCCGAUUGUGGUUGCAGCGGCAGCUGCGCCUGCGGUGACUGCGCAGGUGCACGCGGCGCCGGCGGUGACGUCUGUCACGCCGCUGGCCCCGGCUGCACAGAUGAGCUUCCCCUCAACGUCGGAAGAGCUCAAGGCGUUGUCCAAUGGCUGCUCGCGCAUCUUGAACAACGGCGGCACGUGGGAGCCUGUGCGGGCUGGUGGGCACAUGUCUCAAGAGCACGUCAACGUGCCGCAGUGGUUCUGGCUGGGCAUGCACCACUUGGUGCCGCAGGCUGCGGCAUUGGCGGCGUCCGCGGUGGACGUCCUGACGGCGCUGCAAUACUCGGCGGGCGCCGGCGGCGGUGCAGGGGCCGGCGGGCAGCACGCCGCUGGUGCUGGCGGCUCCCUCACAAACAUGCUGCCUAAGCCGCCGGGCGCCGCCGCCGCCGCGGCGGCGGCGGGCGCCGCUAGCGCAGCCGCUGCCGCGGUGGCGAGCACGCCAAGCUCCGCGGCGCAGGCGCAACAGCAGGCGGAGGUGCUGGUGCGGCUGGCGCUGGUGACGGCUGCCAGCACGCUGCAGCCGGUGGUCAAGCUGGCGAUGCAGGGCGGCGACCUGUCCUCGGCGGUGGCCGCCGCCACCAAGCCCGCAUUCGCGGCGGCGCCGUUGCAGCAGCAUCAGCAGCCAGCGGCGGAGGUAAUGCCGCCGGAGCUGUUGCCUCCGCCGGCGGCGGCCGUGGCGGCGCCGGUGCCUGCGGCUUCGCCGCCGGCACAACAGCAGCUCUACCAGCAGCAGGUCCAGCCGCAGCAACAGCCCUCGGACUCCGCCUCGCCGGGUAUGACGCCCACGCCUCCUCUGCCUCAGCAGGAGCAGCAACAGCAGCCGGCAGCGGGUGCUGCUGGCGCGGGCGGUGCUGGCGGUUACGGGCAUCCGCAUAGCCACCAGCCGCAACAGCAACAGCCGCAACCACAGAACCAGCAGCACCAACAAUACCCGCAGCAGCAACAGCAGCAGCCGCAACAGCAGUCGUCGGGGCAACCGGACAGUCGUGGCACGACGCCGGGCGCUGAGGAUCCGGCCAGUAGCAGUGGCGGCCGCCGGGAGCGUGACGCGUCGGCGCCACGGCUCCGUGACCCGGAGCGGCAGCGUGACCCGGCCUUUGAACGAAACGCGUUGGGGGGAGGCGGAGGCGUAGCUCAACCCCAGCAAUCAUCCUAUCCGCAGCAGCAGCAAGGGCAGCAACAGGGGCAGCAAUACACGCACUCGUCGCGUGCGCCCGGCGGUGAGCGGGGUGGGUCUCGGGAGCGGGACCGGGACCCGCAUGUCUCCUCGCACCACCAGCAUCAGCACCGGGCGCCGCACCCUCACCCGCACCAUAGCGGCCACCACUCGCACUCGCGGGAGAGGGACGCCUACCCGCCGCCGCCGUCACACCACCAACACGGCCAGGCGCCAGGGCCGCCUGGGCAGCAGCAGCAGAGCCCACACCAGCAGCACCCUCAGUUCCGGUCGGAUCCGCGGGAGCGCGAGCGGCACAGCUCGGAGCCGUCCCCACGCCGUCCGCAGUACGGCGGUGCCGGGGGCAGCGGUCACGAGUACUACGGCGGUGAUGGGCGUGAUAGGCACGGCAGCAGAGAGCGCUCAUAUGAGGGGCGGGGGCCGCCGCCUCCACUGCAGCCGCCUGCGGCGGCGCCCGGCGGGCGAGACCCAUACCGUGACCCCUCGUACGGCGGUAGGGACCGCGGUCCCAGCAGCAGCGAGUACGGAGGCGGCGGUGGCGGCGGUGGUGGUGGAUAUCGCGGCGGGGCUGGCUAUGGCGGACCGCCGCCGCCCCCGGGCGCGCCGCCGCACCACCACGGCCAGCACCCGCACCAUUCCACCUCCCCACCGCCGUCCCACGGCUCUCACUACCCGCCCCAGCAGCCGCACCAGCACCAUGGCCUCAGCCCGCCGCAGCGCGGCGGCGGAGGACGGCCGCCGCCGCCGUAUGGGGCGCCGCCGCCUCCCUACGGCGCGCCGGCGCCGGGAGGCCCCGCUCCGGGCGCGCGGGCUGUGCCGCUGCCGCCUGAGAUGUCCCGCAUGCCUCCGGAGGCGGUGGCGAAGAUGCUGGCCGAGCAGGGGCAUACCGUGCAGAGCGUGCAAGUUACGGGCUCGGGAGCGCCGCCACCGCCGCCUGCUGGUGGCGGCUACGGCGGGUACCCGCAGCAGCACGCGCCGCCGCCGCCGCCACAGCAGCAGCACUAUGGUGGCGGCGGCGGCGGCGGCGCAGGAGGCAGUACUCAAGGCUCGGCCACCGUGGCGCAACUGAGAGCGGCGGCGGCGGCGCAGUACCAGCAACAGCAGCAACAGCAGCAGCGGCCCCCGCCCCCGCCGCAGCACGCUGGCGGUUACCAGUAUGGGCCGCGAUAGGCAGGGCGGGCGCGAGUGGUUGCAAUUUCGUAGGGCCUUGGUUAGUUAGAGCGGCAUGGACCCUCCGGCAAGUUUUGUUGAAGUGUUGCUCUCACUUUCUACUCUUCAUGCUGGACAUUGCGGGUGAUGUAUUUAGGACAGAGCAGUGGUUGGUGGGUCCAUUGAUACCUAGCCCUGGGCCGCCCAGAUGGGCCGGAGAGGUGGGCGCAGAUCACUGCAAGUGGCUCGUACACUCGUCCAGGCAAGCUGCAACGGUGCAACACGCGCAGCAGGCGACGCCAGGGGGCGCGCCCAAGCGAGCCGGCACGGGUGCAUAGCAAUCGUAUGCCCAACUGGUGCAGAUUACAGGAGAUUGCGGAACAGGCUAGGCAGGAAGGACAGACGCUGGUGCGGGGCUGCGCGGGGUGGACAGGUCCAAGGGCAGUUAGGCCAGGCCGGGCGUGAGCUUGGAAGCGUGGGCUGGUGAAAUGGUCAGCAUACCUUGGGUGCUGGGCACCCUUGCUUGGGCGGACUGUCCCUUCUUAAUGUCGCAUUCGUACCUUGGGCAAGUGCUGGGGUCGAGGAGUCGCCCCGUCAGCCAGCUCCUGUCAGGCGAUGAAUAAAUGAAUAAUAUGCUGGUCCUGCCCCUAUGGUUUGAUAAGAGCGAAGUCCUGGGAAAUGACGAGUCAGAGUUCCACUUCAGCUGCGGUAAGACGAAGAGCAGGCGCUGAUACGGUACAGCCGUAUGCUCCAACCGUC